GGCGGGGCGGGGCCGCGGGGGAGCACAUCCGGGGCACGGCGGCGCUUCCACCGCACGGAGGGACCGGGGACUGAGGGACCAUGGCGCGGAACGCGGAGAAGGCCAUGACGGCCUUGGCAAGGUUUCGGCAAGCCCAGCUCGAGGAAGGAAAAGUGAAGGAACGGAGACCUUUCCUUGCAUCCGAGUGUAAUGAACUGCCCAAAGCUGAGAAAUGGAGGCGACAGAUCAUUGGGGAGAUUUCCAAGAAAGUGGCACAGAUUCAGAAUGCUGGAUUGGGUGAAUUCAGAAUUCGGGACCUGAAUGAUGAAAUAAACAAACUUCUGAGGGAGAAAGGACACUGGGAAUACAGAAUAAAGGAGCUGGGAGGCCCUGAUUAUGCUCGGAUCGGACCGAAAAUGUUAGAUCAUGAAGGGAAAGAAGUUCCAGGGAACAGGGGCUACAAAUAUUUUGGAGCUGCAAAGGAUUUGCCAGGAGUUAGAGAGCUUUUUGAAAAGGAGCCUCUCCCACCCCCACGGAAAACUCGGGCUGAGCUCAUGAAGGACAUCGAUGCUGAGUACUACGGCUACAGGGACGAGGACGAUGGCAUUCUGGAGCCUCUGGAACAGGAGCAUGAAAAGAAAGUUAUAGCAGAAGCAGUGGAAAAAUGGAAAAUGGAGAGGGAAGCACGGCUUGCAAGAGGUGAGGAGGAGGAGGAAGAAAACAUCUAUGCUGUCAACGAUGAUGAGUCUGAUGAGGAAGGUGGGAAGGAAAGAGAAGGAGAAGAAGGCCAACAGAAAUUCAUUGCACAUGUUCCAGUGCCAACUCAGCAGGAGAUUGAGGAAGCUCUCGUGCGGAGGAAGAAGAUGGAGCUCCUCCAGAAGUAUGCCAGUGAGACCCUCCUGGCACAGAGCGAGGAGGCAAAGACACUGCUGGGACUGUAACACUGCACCAGCAUGGCCUGGUUUGGGAGUAAUCCACCCAAAAGCAGCAGGUUCCUAUGUUCUGGUAGCAAUGACUUUUAGCUCUGAAAGUCCUUUGGAUGUCAAGAGUAAACUGAUGGAAUUACAGUGUGUUCUGCAAAGGAAACCCAUCAUUUUGGUUUAUCCAGCAGAAUGACUGGCACUCCAGUGCUGACAAAGAUCAGGCCUUGUCUCUGCAUCUACAGCUGUCAUCAGUCCCUUCAGUUUGUAAAAGGGUCUGUGCAGUGGUGCCUCUUACAGAUAGAACCACACACCCACCGACUCUGAAAUCCCCAGGGGAAGCUGAUGGCGUUCCUGCCACCCUCUCUGCUCUAUCCUGACUGUAAGUGUACACAUCCUUCUCAUGCUGGUUUUUGAUGAGCUGAAUCCAGAAUUAACUUCGUCACACCUGCUUAGUUUACCAGAAUAGCCUAGAACCUGUUUAGAGGUACUUGGAUGACAGAUCUUAUGAGUGACUUUGAAGUAGAUUUGAUUCUUUGUGUAACACAUACAAGUCUAAAAUCUGCUGCCCUUUUUGUGGUUUGUAACUGCGCCUGGAUGGAUUGCUUAAAUGCUGGAUAUUUCAGCAGCUGUUGUAAAAAACUUUGUGAUACCUUGCUCAAAUAUUUUUAGUAAAACUUAUUUACAACCUGA